UUAAAUAUAUAAUUAGCGAAAACAAAAAUUUGAAAAUAGUUGAGUAGAAAUAGAUAUAAAUCUGCUGAAUGUGCCCAUUUUCAUAUGCUAAUUUUAAAAAUUACAAAAAAUUGAAAUACAAUGGAGGAAGAGCCUGAAGUGAUAGAACACUUUUUUGGCGUUUAUUUGCUGUAUUGUAUGAAUCCAAAAUACAAAGGAAGAACUUAUAUAGGUUAUACCGUAAAUCCGAGACGCAGAAUUAAGCAACAUAAUGCUGGUAAAAAGCAUGGUGGAGCUUGGAAAACUAGUAAGAGAGGACCAUGGAACAUGGUCUUGAUUGUCUAUGGAUUCCCUAACAGCACUUCUGCACUUAGAUUCGAAUGGGCUUGGCAACAUCCACAUGUAAGUAGACGAUUGAAACACAUUCCUAAGAAGAAAUCAUCGCAGAAGACGUUUGAUUUCCAUUUGACAAUCUUGUCUGAGAUGUUGAAGAUUGGACCUUGGUAUCGUCUACCUUUGACGAUACGUUGGUUGGAUCAUAAAUUCUUUGAGAAUUAUCACGAACGCAUAUCUCCACCGUUACAUAUGCCAAUAUGUUAUGGCAAAGUCACUAAUUGUAAAGUUAAGCACACACAAAAAAUAAAUGAUGAUAUUCUAUUACAAGAAUCACAUUUGUUAAUAAAAGAAUCAUUGAUGUUUUGUUCUCUAUGUGGCUCGAGUGUAAUGGAAAAAAAUUCUGUCACCUGUGUAAAACCAAAAUGCCUUUUGAUUGCCCACUUAAUUUGUUUAGCAAAAGAAUUUUGUAAAGAUGAAAUGAUUUUACCGAUCGAGGGCACUUGCCCUUCAUGCAGAACUAUUGUUCUAUGGGGAGAUCUUAUUAAAAAAAGAAAUGGUUGUUAUCAAGAUUUUGAAGAAAUUAACAGUAAUUUUUCCAGUGAUAAAGACGAUAUUUAAACAUCGUGUACAUAUUUGUCUACAUAAUUAUUUGUAAAUAAAUAUAAAUUUUUUAUCUUGUAA